UAUCAGAUGCUACAAUGGCGUCCGUUACUUCUGGGACACUCUGUAUAUGCAUUGUGAGAUGAAACUCAGUGAACGGACUGUAUGUCCUAUUGGGAUCCUUAGAAUUUCGAUACGCCAACUAGCGGAUAAAACUGUAACCUCUCAAGGUAGGCUACUGUGUCAAUGUUUACAUCUGUUAAAAAUAUAAAUAGUACGUUCUUGAUUAAAUUCAAUAAGAUAAUAUUGUUGCGAGUCCCAAAAUUAUCUUCGUCUUAUAAUCAAGACAUUAUUUAUUACUUUUAAAAAUGGAAUUUCCAUCUAAACCAAGUAAAAGCCAUAUCUAUUGUUGCGUGUAUGGUUGUAAAAGUCGUGCAUGUAAAAAUGAAACUGUUCGAUUUUAUAAUUUUCCACAAAAAAAUGAAAGUGUGAUUAUUUUAAAAAAUAAAUUUAAUCAAGAAGAAAAACUCGAUCGUUUUAAAGCAUGGGUCAAAGUUUUAAAAAUCGGUAAAACUGUUUCAAAAACAAUGAGGGUAUGUUCUUUACAUUUUUUUGCAGAGGAUUACGUUCCAUCAAAUUGCAAAGUGCGUAGAUUGAAAAAAAAUGCAGUUCCAUCGAUUAAUCUGCCGUCUAGUACAGUUGAUACAACUCUAAGCCCAUCUACAGUUGAGCAGAACUCUCGAAGGCUACUAAGAUUACAUAAUCGGUCAACUAAAAAAGAAAACUUAAAUAAAGUUCAUCAAGACAUGCAUUACAAAAAGCACCAUUCUUCCGGUUGUUUUGAACUUAGUGAAGACAAUAUCCAUUUAGCUAAUGAAGAGAUGAUAAAUGAGAACACCAUGCAAUGUCCUGUAGCUGAAAAAAAUGAUAAUAUUGAUUUAUUAAUUCCAUCAAACACUGUAAACAGUUGUCUCAAAAUUAAAGAUGCAGCAACCCAGUUUCCAGAAGUUAAAGAAAUAGAAAAACAAUUUCAGAAUGUGAGCGUUCAAGUUUCAAUAGGGUCAAUCAUACCAAAAUUUUCAAGUUUUAUUACAACUAAUGAUGAAUUAAGCACGAUGACAGGAAUACCCAACUUCCAAUUAUUAAACACAAUAAAAAAGUUAGUCGAUAGAAGAACUUCAUUUCAUUCGAACUCCAAAUUUGAUAAUCUAGAAAUAAUCGUAAUGACAUUUAUGAAGCUUAAACAAAACAUGUCAUACGCAUUAUUGGCAGUUUUCUUUAAAAUUUGUAUCCCUGAAACUUGUCGAGAAAGAAUUCUUAAUAUGAUCGAUGUUUUGCAUGCAUGUUUGAAGCCUGCUAUUUAUUGGCCAAGUAAAGACAAUAUGUCGAGAAAUAUGCCCCAAUGCUUCAAGGAUUUUUCAAAUGUUCGUGCUGUUAUUGACUGUAUUGAAAUACCGAUACAAAAGUUCAAAAAUUUAUGCUGUCAACUUAACACUUAUUCUUAUUACAAAAGUUGUUAUACACUAAAAUUUAUGACAGCUGUAACUCCGGCAGGAUUAAUUUCAUUCAUUAGCAAACCAUAUGGGGGUCGAUCUUCAGACAAUGUUAUUUGCGAACAAAGUGAAAUUCUAAAAAUGAUGGACAAAAAUGACGACUUGAUGGUUGAUCGAGGAUUUACUGUUGGUGAAUUGUGUAAAAAACAUGAUGUAAAUUUAAUUAUACCUCCAUUUCUGAAACAAAAACAACAGUUUUCACAAGCAGAAGCGAUAACAGGACGAUGAAUAGCCAAAGCACGAGUUCAUAUUGAAAGGAGUAAUCAAAGAAUUAAAUACUUUCAGAUACUUUCUUCCAAAAUGCCCACCGGACUAGUCUUCAAAUCUGAAGAAAUAUUUACCAUUGUUUGUGCCGUUGUAAAUUUAAGUAAUCCUAUUUUAAAAA